GCAUCCGGUUGCGACAGGGAUUCCCCUGAGGGAAACUGGCUAGUACGAGAGCAGAGGGGGAGAAAACAACCUGUAUGGACUGUAGACAAGGUCGCUUUUGUGUCAAACAAGAGAAACGGAUACGCUGUGGGUUAAAAAGGUGGAUUUUGGAGCAUUCAUUGCAACUGUUCUUUACUGUAUGGCACAAAUUACGAAGAAGUUGGACAUCAUUGUGGCUGCAGCUGAAAAGUAUCUAGUACUUCAGGAGUUCACAGCGGAAGAUAUCCAAGGGGUAUUGGCAAUGGAAGAUGUCCCCCAUUUUUUGUGUGUUUUUGUUGGUAGUUUGUAUGGAUAUUUCCCCCAACCCAAGAAUGUUCCCAUUUUUGGGAUCUUUUUGUUUUCAUCCCGCACAUUAGGUGGCAGCAAUACACAUUUUUGGGUGUACUCUGCCAAUAAACCUUAAAGAAGAAGUAAUGGAAGCGAACAUAGUUAUUAUUACAUAUGUGACGUAACACACUUUAGCUAGUGUUACAGCCUAAAAAGAAAAGUUCAACAACUGGUAAAGAAUCAAGCCAACUGCUAGUUUAAUAAACCGAAGAACAACUAUUCAGCACAGCCUACAUUUCAGCAACCACAGCAACUUCUUUUAUGAUCGAAAAAGGCUUUCAACGCGUAUAUUGCUUGAAGAUCACAGAUAAACAACCAGUAGGCAGUUGUAAUGGAAAAGUAGAAGGCUGAAAACACAUCAGGAUCAAAGGAGAAUCUCACCUCUUCUGAAAAACACUCUAAAACCAAAUCGGAUAACCUAUCUACACAGUGAUCUGUCAGCCAGCAGUGACAGUCUCUCAGACAAGACCUCAAAGAACAAACUGGUUGGAGCCAUGAACAAGCUGAAUCCUUUUAAAUCAACUCCCAAAGCUGUAACACAACAAAAUGUGGAGUAAGUCAAGGGUUAUGAAUACUUUCUGAAGGCACUGUAUAUAAGGAACCAGGAUCAGAUGUUGAAGAGCCACCUGCCACCACAGAAAAGCUUCCCAGCCACAGACAUUCCUAUGCAAGGCCCUGUUCACCUGUUACUGUUCCUGUUUCAUUAUAAGGACAAUGAAGAUGCAAAGUUACUCAGGGACAAGGAAAGGCAGGAAGAGGAAAAGCAAAAAACUGUCAAAAGCAAUCUGAUCCAGAGAGAGAGGAAGGAGAGAACUGAAACACAGCCGGCAGUUCCUCCCAGACCCACUGAAGAGGAGCUGAAGGAUACAGCCUUACAUGACAGACUGAAGAAGAGAGAGACGAACGACAAUCAGGCUAACCGUAAUAUGAUGCAGAGUGAGAGGAAAGGGAAAACUGCUGAAACUCCAGUGGUUCCUCCUAGACCCACAGAAGAGGAGAUAAACAGACCAGCCAGACGUGGUCAGCAAAAUACAAAAAAAGACAAUCUGGACCAAUGUGAUGAUGAAUGCCUUAAAGAGGGUGAAUCUCUCUUCCUGGUGGUAAAAGAGGGAGAGGACAAGGAUGAAGAAGAGGCCGUGGUUAAACUUACAGAUAGCACAUCAGCCAAUAUGCGAGAACCCACGAGACACAAUCCUUUCAUGCCACGUGGUGCUGGAGGCAAGGGUAAAACCAAGAAGCGUGAACCCCAGCAGGGAGUUUCAGUCAGUGACUCAACAGAGAACAAAGGUGGAAAUAAAUCAUUAUUCGACCAAUUGGAGGUAUUCCGUAUUAAUCCAGCGGAGCCAGAGCAGCAGCAGAAUAUGGAUGGCCUGAUGGAGUGGUGGAGCACAGUGGAGCAGUGGGAAGACAUGCCUCAAGAGCAUGACAUGACUGAGAAAGAGGAGGCCAAGGUGUUUGCAGUGACAGCUGAGAAGGUGCAGAAAGGUAUCCGUGUGUUCAACAAGCUGUUCUCAGAGCGUGCAGAGAGCCUGUGGCAGCACGUCAUUGACCUUAACAACAUUGCAGACGCCCUCGACUGUUUCAACAAGAAGACUAAGAUCGCCCAAAUCACUGGUGGUUCCACCAGCGCGGUAGGAGGCGUAUGUACCAUUGUAGGCCUCGCCCUGGCCCCCGUCACCUUCGGAACCUCUCUGAUUGUCACGGCGGUGGGGCUGGGCGUGGCCACGGCGGGUGGCCUCACCACGGCUGGAGCCGGAAUCUCCAACACGGUCAACAACUCCAUGGACCGCAAGAAGGUGGAGGCCAUCGUGACGGACUACCAGGAGAAGAUAACCGACAUCAACAAGUGCAUGCUGUUCAUCAAGCAGGGGAUUGAGAGUCUGCGCAGGUUCGACCUGCUGAAGAUGAAGAAGCAUGCGUACAACCGCGACUUCCCGGGCCUCAACAACAUCUACGAGGAUGGUGCCAUGGCCGGGAAGGCCAUCCUCAUUAACGCCAAUGAGAUGAUGCGUGUGGUGCAGAUAGCCAACGUGGCGGGCAGCACCGCUGCAAGAGCUGUCCAGAUUGCUAGCAUGGCCACCGGAGUGCUCACCGGCCUCUUUGUGGGCAUGGACAUCUACUUUGUGGCUAAGGACUCCAAGGAGCUGAAGAAGGGAGCCAAGUCAGAGUUUGCAGCCAAGAUCAGGGAGGUGGCGACCCAGCUGCAUGAUGGACUGGUGGAGCUCAAUGGCAUACGGGUUGAGCUGCAGUCCUCAGAUCCAGGCAACACCAAUGAGACCAACAUCCAAAACACAGAUAAUACCAAUUACAGCAAAAAAACAGACAUCUCUGAUGACGAUAUUAACAACUAUUAAACCUCUAUCAACAAAAGCAAUGUUGAUAACAGCAAUACUUCAGAUAACAGCCAUAAGACCAGAAAAAUCCUAAACUGUAUUUCCAACCCAUCUCUACAACGACACAUCCUGUCAGCAUUAACACUACUAGUAGCAACGUUGAGGCUCUGAUUCCCGUGUCUCUCUUUCAUAGCACAAGCACCCAUGCCUGAAACAUUUUUUUUAGACUGCAAAAAUGGAACCAGAUGAUAUCUCCAGUCAUCACUGGCUUGGGUUAAGAACUGUUAUUAAAACUUACCUCUGUAAUAUCUAGCAAAAUAGUAUAUUGUAUGACGAGCUCAUGUCCACAUUUUCCCUUGUCUUGCCCCAAAGAGUUGUAUUGUAGUUGUGCGCAUUGUGCCUAUCUCGACAAUAUUAUCUACAGGACUUUAUGAAAAGUAAGGGUUGAAAGUUAAAUCAGUUUGUUCAUGGGGGCAGGAAACAGUUCACAGAUGGAAAUAUGUUUGUUUUUUAAUAUUACAAAUACAUUCUCAUACACAUUAUGGAAGGGAUCGUUGUGUCUAUAUUUUCUAGUACAGACUAGUGUAAAAAGCUAAAUGUAAUAUUUUAAAGUUCAGGCAAA